CCCUUCUGCGGCACUGAGCUCAUCAUCCUCGCCCCCGACCACGACCAAGCUGCCAUGGCGUACGCAGACUACGACGCCGAUGCUACAGAACUACUUGAGACCUACGAUUUCCUCAUGAAGUUCAUCAUAAUUGGGGAAGCUGGAACGGGCAAGACGUGUUUGCUCCACCAGUUCACGCACAAUUCAUUCAAGGAGCACUCUCAGCACACGAUCGGGGUCGAGUUUUCCAGUCGGACAGUCAAGCUAGGGGAGAAGCGGAUAAAGCUGCAGCUGUGGGAUACGGCGGGACAGGAGAGAUUUCGUUCCGUGACGCGAAGUUACUACCGAGGGGCCGCAGGGGCUAUUCUUGUGUACGACAUCACCAGUCGCGCCUCUUUCUCGAAGCUUUCUCGGUGGCUUGAAGACGCCCGCGCAUUGGGAAGCCCGCACCUGGUCACGGUCCUCGUCGGGAAUAAGUCGGAUAGAGAGGAAGAGCGAGAGGUGGAGUGGGCAGAAGCGAGUCGAUGGGCAGCAGAGCACGAUGUGCACUUCUUGGAGGCGUCUUCGCUGAGCGGCGAUAACGUAGAGGCGCCCUUUCUGCUCUGUGCGAGGUCGAUAUUGCUCGCGAUCGAGGCGGGCACCCUCGAUCCCGAGAAGGCAGGCAGCGGUGUCAGCUACGGCGACCGUGCGUUGCGGAGGGUCAACAGCUCAAGUCGGCUGAGCUUUGGGAGCCUGAGCGGGUCCCGGCGGAAGAGCACUACAGUAAGGCUCAAGAUCCCCGGGACCGGCGUACGAUGUUGUUAGGCAUCAUCGCGCAGUCGGGCACUUCUCCUCUUGGUUCUCUCGCACUCGGAGCGGAUUGCGCUUCAUCGGACACAUUUGCGCAGCGGUCUGCGCCGAUCAUUCUCUCGCUUCUUCCGGCCGUCGUAUUUGUUCGCAGCAUACCCUUCCCAUCGCCUAUACCUCUCUCAUCGGUACUCUCACUCCGCAUGCGAGUGUCGCCCCACGCUUGUCUGUUUGACCGAACGGAAGUAGACACGCCGUACAGCUACACGCUAGUUACGCUUCACGUCAGGAAUAUCUUGUAGUAGUCGUGUUUAAUCUUCUGGCAGCUCAUGUAUCGGAUCAUCUGUACUUUUACCUCACGCCAUUGGUAGUAGAUAUGAUCUAUUCGUGGACGAUUAGGCAUGUUUCGACCACUGGAUUCCAGCGGACUACUCAGUGGAGCAGACCGUGUGACUAGGUCGGGCGCGUAUUCGUUACAUCCUCGCG